UUUUUCUCCCCAGGCCGAAGCCUCGGGACGGCCCUGGAAGCCGACCAUGGCAGCCAUGACCAUGUCGGUGCCGGGGCGGAAGGCGCCCCCCAGGCCAGGCCCAGUGCCCGAGGCUGCCCAGCCAUUCCUGUUCACGCCCCGCGGGCCCAGUGCAGGUGGCGGGCCUGGCUCAGGCACCUCCCCGCAGGUGGAGUGGACGGCCCGGCGUCUCGUGUGGGUGCCUUCGGAGCUUCACGGGUUCGAAGCCGCGGCGCUGCGGGACGAAGGUGAGGAGGAGGCGGAGGUGGAGCUGGCGGAGAGCGGGAGGCGGCUGCGGCUGCCGCGGGACCAGAUUCAGCGCAUGAACCCACCCAAGUUCAGCAAGGCCGAGGACAUGGCCGAGCUGACCUGCCUCAACGAGGCCUCGGUCCUGCACAACCUCCGGGAGCGGUACUACUCGGGCCUCAUCUACACAUACUCCGGCCUUUUCUGUGUGGUCAUCAACCCGUACAAGCAGCUUCCCAUCUACACAGAAGCCAUUGUGGAGAUGUACCGGGGCAAGAAGCGCCACGAGGUGCCACCUCAUGUGUACGCAGUGACCGAGGGGGCCUAUCGGAGCAUGCUGCAGGAUCGUGAGGACCAGUCCAUUCUCUGCACUGGAGAGUCUGGAGCUGGGAAGACGGAAAACACCAAGAAGGUCAUCCAGUACCUUGCCCAUGUGGCAUCGUCACCGAAGGGCAGGAAGGAGCCGGGUGUCCCCGCCUCCGUCAGCACCGUGUCUUAUGGUGAGCUGGAGCGGCAGCUGCUUCAGGCCAACCCCAUCCUAGAGGCCUUCGGCAACGCCAAGACAGUGAAGAAUGACAACUCCUCCCGAUUCGGCAAAUUCAUCCGCAUCAACUUCGACGUUGCCGGGUACAUCGUGGGCGCCAACAUUGAGACCUACCUGCUGGAGAAGUCGCGCGCCAUCCGCCAGGCCAAGGACGAGUGCAGUUUCCACAUCUUCUACCAGCUGCUGGGGGGCGCUGGAGAGCAGCUCAAAGCCGACCUCCUCCUCGAGCCCUGCUCCCAGUACCGGUUCCUGACCAACGGGCCAUCAUCCUCUCCCGGCCAGGAGCGAGAACUCUUCCAGGAGACGCUGGAGUCGCUGCGGGUCCUGGGAUUCACCCACGAGGAAAUCAUCUCCAUGCUGCGGAUGGUCUCAGCAGUUCUGCAGUUCGGCAACAUCGCCUUGAAGAGAGAACGGAACACGGAUCAAGCCACCAUGCCUGACAACACAGCUGCACAGAAGCUCUGCCGCCUCUUGGGACUGGGGGUGACGGAUUUCUCCCGAGCCUUGCUCACGCCUCGCAUCAAAGUUGGCCGAGACUACGUGCAGAAAGCCCAGACUAAGGAACAGGCUGACUUCGCGCUGGAGGCCCUGGCCAAGGCCACCUAUGAGCGCCUCUUCCGCUGGCUGGUUCUGCGCCUCAACCGGGCCUUGGACCGCAGCCCCCGCCAAGGCGCCUCCUUCCUGGGCAUCCUGGACAUCGCGGGCUUUGAGAUCUUCCAGCUGAACUCCUUCGAGCAGCUCUGCAUCAACUACACCAACGAGAAGCUGCAGCAGCUUUUCAACCACACCAUGUUCGUGUUGGAGCAGGAGGAGUACCAGCGUGAGGGGAUCCCCUGGACCUUCCUCGACUUUGGCCUCGACCUGCAGCCCUGCAUCGACCUCAUCGAGCGGCCGGCCAACCCCCCUGGACUCCUGGCCCUGCUGGACGAGGAGUGCUGGUUCCCAAAGGCCACAGACAAGUCGUUUGUGGAGAAGGUAGCCCAGGAGCAGGGUGGCCACCCCAAGUUCCAGCGGCCAAGGCAACUGCGGGAUCAGGCCGACUUCAGUGUUCUGCACUAUGCGGGCAAGGUUGACUACAAGGCCAACGAGUGGCUGAUGAAAAACAUGGACCCUCUGAAUGACAAUGUCGCAGCCCUGCUUCACCAGAGCACAGACCGGCUGACGGCAGAGAUCUGGAAAGAUGUGGAGGGCAUCGUGGGGCUGGAACAGGUGAGCAGCCUGGGCGAUGGCCCACCAGGUGGCCGCCCCCGCCGGGGUAUGUUCCGGACAGUGGGACAGCUCUACAAGGAGUCCCUGAGCCGCCUCAUGGCCACACUCAGCAACACCAACCCCAGUUUUGUCCGCUGCAUUGUCCCCAACCACGAGAAGAGGGCCGGGAAGCUGGAGCCGCGGCUGGUGCUGGACCAGCUUCGCUGCAACGGCGUCCUGGAGGGCAUCCGCAUCUGUCGCCAGGGCUUCCCCAACCGCAUCCUCUUCCAGGAGUUCCGGCAGCGGUACGAGAUCCUGACGCCCAAUGCCAUCCCCAAGGGCUUCAUGGAUGGGAAGCAGGCCUGUGAAAAGAUGAUCCAGGCACUGGAAUUGGACCCCAACCUCUACCGUGUGGGACAGAGCAAGAUCUUCUUCCGGGCCGGGGUCCUGGCCCAGCUGGAAGAGGAGCGAGACCUGAAGGUCACUGACAUCAUCGUCUCCUUCCAGGCAGCUGCCCGGGGAUACCUGGCUCGCAGGGCCUUCCAGAAGCGCCAGCAGCAGCAGAGUGCCCUGAGGGUGAUGCAGCGGAACUGUGCAGCCUACCUCAAGCUGAGACACUGGCAGUGGUGGCGGCUGUUUACCAAGGUGAAGCCACUGCUGCAGGUGACGCGGCAGGAUGAGGUGCUGCAGGCACGGGCCCAGGAGUUGCAGAAAGUUCAGGAGCUACAGCAGCAGAGCGCCCGCGAAGUUGGGGAGCUCCAGGGCCGAGUGGCACAGCUGGAAGAGGAGCGCACCCGCCUGGCAGAGCAAUUGCGAGCAGAGGCAGAACUGUGUGCAGAGGCCGAGGAGACGCGGGGGAGGCUGGCAGCCCGCAAGCAGGAGCUGGAGCUGGUGGUGUCAGAGCUGGAGGCUCGCGUGGGCGAGGAGGAGGAGUGCAGUCGUCAGCUGCAAACCGAGAAGAAGAGGCUUCAGCAGCACAUACAGGAGCUAGAGGCUCACCUUGAGGCUGAGGAGGGGGCACGGCAGAAGCUGCAGCUGGAGAAGGUGACGACAGAGGCAAAAAUGAAGAAAUUUGAGGAGGACCUGCUGCUCCUGGAAGACCAGAACUCCAAGCUGAGCAAGGAGCGGAAGCUGCUAGAAGAUCGCCUGUCGGAGUUCUCAUCCCAGGCAGCUGAGGAGGAGGAGAAGGUCAAGAGCCUCAAUAAGCUACGGCUCAAGUAUGAGGCCACAAUCGCAGACAUGGAGGACCGCCUACGGAAGGAGGAGAAGGGUCGCCAGGAGCUGGAGAAGCUGAAGCGGAGGCUGGACGGGGAGAGCUCGGAGCUGCAGGAGCAGAUGGUGGAGCAGCAACAGCGGGCAGAGGAGCUGCGGGCCCAGCUGGGCCACAAGGAGGAGGAGCUGCAGGCUGCCCUGGCCAGGGCAGAAGACGAGGGUGGGGCCCGGGCCCAGCUGCUGAAAUCCCUGCGGGAGGCUCAAGCAGCCCUGGCCGAGGCCCAGGAGGACCUGGAGGCCGAGCGCGUGGCCAGGACCAAGGCGGAGAAGCAGCGCCGGGACCUGGGCGAGGAGCUGGAGGCACUGCGGAGCGAGCUGGAGGACACGCUGGACUCCACCAACGCACAGCAGGAGCUCCGGUCCAAGAGGGAGCAGGAGGUGACGGAGCUGAAGAAGACUCUGGAGGAGGAGACUCGCAUCCACGAGGUGGCAGUGCAGGAGCUGAGGCAGCGCCACGGCCAGGCCCUGGGGGAGCUGGCGGAGCAGCUGGAGCAGGCCCGGAGGGGCAAAGGUGCGUGGGAGAAGACGCGGCUGGCCCUGGAGGCCGAGGUGUCCGAGCUGCGGGUGGAACUGAGCAGCCUGCAGACUGCACGUCAGGAGGGUGAGCAGCGGAGGCGCCGCCUGGAGUCACAGCUGCAGGAGGUGCAGGGCCGGGCUGGUGAUGGGGAGAGGGCACGAGCGGAGGCUGCUGAGAAGCUGCAGCGAGCCCAGGCUGAACUGGAGAAUGUGUCUGGGGCGCUGAACGAGGCUGAGUCCAAGGCCAUCCGUCUUAGCAAGGAGCUGAGCAGCACAGAAGCCCAGCUGCACGACGCCCAGGAGCUCCUGCAGGAGGAGACCAGGGCAAAAUUGGCCUUGGGGUCCCGGGUGCGAGCCAUGGAGGCUGAGGCAGCCGGGCUACGUGAGCAGCUGGAAGAGGAGGCAGCCGCCAGGGAGCGGGCAGGCCGUGAACUGCAGACCACCCAGGCCCAGCUCUCCGAGUGGCGGCGGCGCCAGGAGGAGGAGGCAGGGGCACUGGAGGCAGGGGAGGAGGCACGGCGCCGGGCAGCCCGUGAGGCCGAGGCCCUGACGCAGCGCCUGGCAGAAAAGACAGAGACCGUGGAUCGGCUGGAGCGGGGCCGCCGCCGGCUGCAGCAGGAGCUGGACGACGCCACCAUGGACCUGGAGCAGCAGCGGCAGCUUGUGAGCACCCUGGAGAAGAAGCAGCGCAAGUUCGACCAGCUUCUGGCAGAGGAGAAGGCAGCUGUACUUCGGGCAGUGGAGGAACGUGAGCGGGCCGAGGCAGAGGGCCGGGAGCGUGAGGCUCGGGCCCUGUCACUGACACGGGCGCUGGAGGAGGAGCAGGAGGCACGUGAGGAGCUGGAGCGGCAGAACCGGGCCCUGCGGGCUGAGCUGGAGGCACUGCUGAGCAGCAAGGAUGACGUCGGCAAGAGCGUGCAUGAGCUGGAACGAGCCUGCCGAGUGGCAGAACAGGCAGCCAAUGAUCUGCGAGCACAGGUGACAGAACUGGAGGAUGAACUGACGGCAGCCGAGGAUGCCAAGCUGCGUCUGGAGGUGACUGUGCAGGCUCUCAAGACUCAGCACGAGCGUGACCUGCAGGGCCGUGAUGAGGCUGGUGAAGAGAGGCGGAGACAGCUGGCCAAGCAGCUGAGAGAUGCAGAGGUGGAGCGGGAUGAGGAGCGGAAGCAGCGCACUCUGGCCGUGGCUGCCCGCAAGAAGCUGGAGGGGGAGCUGGAGGAGCUGAAGGCUCAAAUGGCCUCCGCCGGGCAGGGCAAGGAGGAGGCAGUGAAGCAGCUUCGCAAGAUGCAGGCCCAGAUGAAGGAGCUAUGGCGGGAGGUGGAGGAGACACGCAGCUCCCGGGAGGAGAUCUUCUCCCAGAAUCGGGAAAGUGAAAAGCGCCUCAAGGGCCUGGAGGCUGAGGUGCUGCGGCUGCAGGAGGAACUGGCCGCCUCAGACCGUGCUCGGCGGCAGGCCCAGCAGGACCGGGAUGAGAUGGCAGAUGAGGUGGCCAAUGGCAACCUUAGCAAGGCAGCCAUUCUGGAGGAGAAGCGUCAGCUGGAGGGGCGCCUGGGGCAGUUGGAGGAAGAGCUGGAGGAGGAGCAGAGCAACUCGGAGCUGCUCAAUGACCGCUACCGCAAGCUGCUCCUGCAGGUAGAGUCACUGACCACAGAGCUGUCAGCUGAGCGCAGUUUCUCAGCCAAGGCAGAGAGCGGGCGGCAGCAGCUGGAACGGCAGAUCCAGGAGCUACGGGGACGCCUGGGUGAGGAGGAUGCUGGGGCCCGAGCCCGCCACAAGAUGACCAUUGCUGCCCUUGAGUCUAAGUUGGCCCAGGCUGAGGAGCAGCUAGAGCAAGAGACCAGAGAGCGCAUCCUCUCUGGAAAACUGGUGCGCAGAGCUGAGAAGCGGCUUAAAGAGGUGGUGCUCCAGGUGGAGGAGGAGCGGAGGGUGGCUGACCAGCUCCGGGACCAGCUGGAGAAGGGAAACCUUCGAGUAAAGCAGCUGAAACGGCAGCUGGAGGAGGCCGAGGAGGAGGCAUCCCGGGCUCAGGCCGGCCGCCGGAGGCUGCAGCGUGAGCUGGAGGAUGUCACAGAGUCGGCCGAGUCCAUGAACCGUGAAGUGACCACACUGAGGAACCGGCUUCGCCGUGGCCCCCUCACCUUCACCACCCGUACGGUGCGGCAGGUCUUCCGACUAGAGGAGGGCGUGGCAUCCGACGAGGAGACAGAGGAAGCAGAGCCUGGGUCUGGGCCAUCCCCGGAGCCUGAGGGGUCCCCACCAGCCCACCCCCAGUGACCCUACCCUGUCCCCAGAUGCACUAACAGAUGGGGCCCAGCCCCCUUCCUCCCUGGACCCCACGGGCCCCUGUCCCAGGAACCCCGCCCUCUGACUUCCUGCCCUUUGGAAAUGGUGCCGCACUCUGACGUUUAUCAGACCCCACCUGGGUCCCCUGCAACCUCCCAUCAAAGGAUGACCCCUAAACACAGAGGAGCGGGGCAGGCAGGGAGGCAAGGCCUGGAGCUACCUUGCUUGGGAGACUGGGUGCAGUUGGCCAGCUGUGUUCCCAUCAGCUCCCUGUCCUCCUUUCUUCCCUCGUUAUUGAUCUAUAGAUAUUAGGAAGGGAGUGACACGGCUCCUCCACCGUCCUCAGCCAGUACAGCCCAUUCCCUCUGCUUCUCUCUCUCUCUGCCUCCCUCCCCUCUCACCGUCUUUCUUGGCUUCUCUGAGGGUCUCUCUGUGCAUCUUUUUAGGAGUCUCGCUCCCACUCUCUCUCUACGUAGCCACUCUCCUUCCUCCAUUUCUGCGUCCAUCCCUGAACUCCUGAGUGGCAGAAACCCCAGGCCUCCAGCAGCCUUGAACCUUUGCAAAGGGGCAAGACAAGGGGACUCCUCUCACUCCUGCUGCUGCCCAUGCUCCGCCCUCCCUUCUGGUUGCUCUGAGGGUUUGGAGCCUCCCUCUGGGACUGAAGGAGUGUCCGUUAUCCUCCCAGCCUCCAGGCUCUGGCAGAAAUAAACUCCAACCCAACUGGA